AUGUCAGAUAUUGAUUAGUGGAUUGAGACUCUAAAGAAUGGGGAGAAUCUGAAGGAAACGGAUGUCAAAAUACUAUGCAACAAGGCCAAGGAUAUCCUGAACAAUGAGGACAACGUCAUAAGAGUUGAAGCUCCAGUGACUAUUUGUGGAGACAUUCAUGGACAAUUUUAUGACCUAAUGGAGUUGUUUAAAGUCGGAGGAGAUGUUCCAGAGACCAAUUACUUAUUCCUGGGGGAUUUUGUGGAUAGAGGAUAUAAUAGUGUUGAGACAUUUUUAUUGCUCUUGGCCUUGAAAGUGAGAUAUCCAGCAUUAGAUUAUCACUUAAUACGAGGGAAUCACGAAUCAAGGCAAAUCACUUAGGUGUAUGGAUUCUAUGAUGAAUGCCUAAGAAAGUAUAGCACUUUGAAUGUGUGGAAGUAUUGCACUGAAGUUUUUGAUUAUUUGGCUUUGGCAGCAGUGGUCAAUGACAACAUUUUCUGUGUGCAUGGUGGUUUGAGUCCUUACAUCAAAACAAUCGAUGAAAUUCGAAUCAUCAAUAGAAAGUAGGAAGUGCCUCAUGAAGGAGUCAUGUGUGAUUUGAUGUGGUCAGAUCCUGAUGAAAUCGAAGGAUGGAGUCAGAGUGCCAGAGGAGCAGGUUUUGUUUUUGGAGCAGAUGUCGUAAAGGAAUUCAAUCGUAGAAAUGGCAUCUCUUUGAUUUGCAGAGCACAUCAAUUAGCCAUGGAAGGAUUCAAAUUGAUGUUCGACAAUUCCCUCGUCACUGUUUGGUCAGCUCCCAAUUAUUGCUAUAGAUGUGGCAAUGUUGCUUCUAUUCUUGAGUUGGAUGAGAACCUUAAGAAGUAUUACAAGCUAUUUGAGGCUGCUCCUACAGACAGAGCAUAGAAUUCAAAAAAAGUAAUUGCAGACUAUUUCUUAUGA